AUGUCACAUGCGUCGAGAAUCCUCCGAGCUAGCCGGAAAACACUGUGGAGGGAUAUCGCUGCUAUCGUGCAAAGUCACUAUCUGAACUGGGGAGCCAAGAUCACACUGGAGAACUCGGGCCAGUCCUUGCCAGUUGAUACAGCAGAAGUGGAGAGCGUGCUGAAUAUGAAGUGGAGACCGCUGGAGUCGACGGUCACGGACGUUACGGGCUAG